ACGUUUGUACACAUGUGCAAUGUUUUGUUUCGGUUCAAAAUGGCGCUUCUUGCCACAGUUUACAAAAAUAGAUUGAAAAUGUUCGACGAUGAAGAAUGCAAACGCCAAGAGAGAACCGGUACACGGAGCCUCUAGACCUUCAUCGAGAUGUGAAACCUACGCCUUCUAUUCCGGCUUCGUGGCCCCCUUGAUCCAAUUGCUGCCCAAGGAAAAAGAUCAAGAGGUUGCUCAGCUGUGGCUCAACAAACUCAACAGUGACGAGAACGAAGUCUACCGGAUCCAGUAUGUCUUGCUUCUCUUCUACGCUCUCCACCGCGGGAAACUCUCGUGUCCCUUCGAUCGACCCCCUCCGGAUGGGAAGCUCCCCAGGAUAUGUAAUGACAACAAAUGGAUCGUGUAUUAUGAGCGACGGAGAAAAUCUCCUAGGCGCAUCUGCCAUCCCUGCCUGGACAAGGACACUAAGGAGGUCUCGCCGUUGGGUCUCGUCCGUGAUACAACAUUCAGAAGUAGGCGAGAAAGUGAUGAGUGCAGGCUCAAAGAUGAAAUCGCGUUUCACGAGUUCCAAAAUGACCGGUCGAGAUCGACGGAGCGCGUUUCCCGGACCCGCAGAGGGAGUAGUCUCCACCGCCAUGGUGCAGAAUUCCUUCAUUGGGACUGCGCCGAGACUCUCGCAAAGUGUUCUGGCAAGAAACCCGAUGACGGCGAUAGAAAAACCGCUAAGAAGAGCGAGAAAAGCUCCAAGAAGAACUCCGAGGAAGACGUCGUGGAAAGCACCAAAAAGACCCCUAAGGAAAAAGUCGUAAGGUGCUCCGAAGAACACCCCAAAAGAAAUGUCUCGACGUGUUCCAGGAGGAGCUCAGAUAAAAGCCCCGAAAAGCGCUCUCGUGAGACCACUAAAAAGAGUGUCACGGGUAGCCUCGGGGAGGGCUUUAAAAACUAUUUUCGGAGAAAGUCAAGGGAGGGCUCCGAAAAAAGCCGCGGAGAGAGUCCUGAAGAAAUCCGCGGAGAAAAUCUAUGGAAAAAUCGAGGAAAAAGCGUCGUGGGGAAUCUCAAGGAGAACCCUGAAAAGGAGUUCAAAAGAAGAGGUUUGGAGAGCUUUGAGCAAUGGCCUGAGAGAGGUGGGCGGCAAAGGGCCGGAAAAGGCUCGAGCCCCAUGAAGAAUCUGGAGAACGCAGUCCCGAAGAGCACCGGGAGGAGUCCCAGGAGGAGAGCAGAAGACAAAGUCGCUAGGAGCCCAGAGAAGAAGCCCGAGAGGAGUCCGGAUGAUAAAGUCACGAAGAACUCUGGAAAGAGGUCCGAGAAGAGUUUGGAAGAUGGAGUUGCUAAGAAUCCCAGAAGGAGGCCCGGAAAGAAGUCAGAGGAUGGAGUCGAGAGGAAUCCUGGAAAGAGGCUUGGAGAGAGUCCAGAAGAUGGAGCUGGGCAGAGUCCCUGGAAGAGUCAAGAAGACAUAUCCGCGAAGAGCUCUGGAAAGAGGUCUAGAGAUCUUCUAAAGGAUGAAAUCGUGGAGAGCCCUAAAGAGAGACCUGGGAAGAGUUUGGAAGAUAAAAACCGGGAAAGAGAUGAGAGGAUCCUUAGAAAGAGUUCCCAGAGGAGCGUUGCGGAGACCCAACCUGCAGAAGGAGACGAUGCUGGAAAGAGCACCGGUCCGAGACUGAUCGCAUCCAAGUCUUAUGUCACGUCAAAGGCCGCAGUGAGCGACACGAAAAUCGGCAAGAGUCUUUCAAUUCAUGUCGAUAUUCACCUGGAGUUCGACAAAUUCCACGGUCUCAAACUCAAACCUGGAGCCAAUUGCAGAGUCGUGCCGGGUCACAAUAGCUUACAUGAUAGCACCAUGAAAAUGUUACCAAAUCCUACUCACACUGUGCCCGCAAAAGAUGCCAAUGAAGUUGGAAAUGACAUUAAGUCUGGGCCAACUGCAAAAGAAAAAGAAGAGGAAACGAAUAAAGAAUGUUUGAAAUUCGAACGUCAGAGGGCAAAGUGCACUUUGGAAUGUAUGCUGAAACCGAAACGUGUCUUCGAUACGGAUGCCAAAAAAAUUGGCGAAAAUGACAAGAGGGGAGCCCAUAAAUUUGUGAAGGAUCGAGACUCUUCAAAUCUGAAGGAAAUUGACGCACUCCUUUUAGAUAAUCUUAAGUUCUGUCCAAAAGUUCGCCAUGGGGGUGGCAGUGAGGGGCCGGACCCGUGUACUGAAGCUGAUACAAUGGAUCUAGAGGAUUCAUGCUCUCAAGAUACUGACAGUCAUGAGUCUGAAAAAUUUCACUUAAAGUCGAGUGGAAGUACGGCCAAACUUAAGAAUGGAAUUCGGUCCUCUGAAUCGGCGAGGGAAUCUUCUGAGAAAGCCUCUAAAGAGACAUCUGAGAAUGCUUUUAGAUGGGCAUCUGAGACGCUCUGUACGGGAACCUCCAAAAAGACCUCUAUGGGGACCUUUACAUUCUAUCCUAGAGAGGGAUGGAAGGUAGUCAUAGAAGAUAAACCCUCUGGGGAUUUGCAACCUCAAAAAGGAUUCGACGGAAUGGAUCCAUACCAAAGAAACAAUGAUUUCAAGAAAUCUGUCUCAGACUCGCCUUCUAAAAAUGUGAUAUUCCACGAAACGGACCCAUUUCAUCGAAUCGUUAAAAAUGAAGCUGUCAAAGACUCGCCUUCUCAGUAUAAGGUAAAAAAAGAAUUCGACGGAAUGGAUUCGUACCAAAGAAACCAUGAUUUCGAGGAAUUCGUUAAAGAUUUGCCUUCUCAGAAUGAUACGAGACAGUCUUUAAAACCAAGAAGGUUGUUAAUGAAAGGAUCUCCUGAUACACCACCUGAUGAUGAUGCUUUAGGGUAUAAAGAGAAAAGAAAAGUUUCAUUCCCAGAUCAGAAGACCUUGGAAGUUCAGAGAUUCCCAGAAAGUGGAUUGACUAGAAACAAACGAUACCCUGAUGUAAAGUCUUCUAGGUACAUCUCAAGGGCAAGCCCGGUUAUGGAAAAACUCACGGACAGCGAGGUCGUAGAGAUGUUCAUCAGCCAACUUGAAGAUAUGAAAAAAACUUACGAUUUUCACUACGAGCAGCUAAGGACCAAUCAGGUUGCGAGUCCCAGAACCGAAAGUUUCGGUGACAAGAAUCCCAAAGUUAAGAGUUCAGUGGAAGAGAAUCCCAGAAUCGAGAGUCUCAGGUCUGGAAAUUCAGAAAUCAAGAAUGAAAGAACCGAGAAGCGCGGGAACACGAAUCCCGGAACCGAUAGUCUAAGGAACAAAAAACUCGAAACCCAGAGCCCCAGGAAACAAAAUUUCAAAAUCAAAAGUGAAGAAAUCGAAAAUCUCGGAACUGAGGCUCCUCGGAGCACAGAUCCCGAAACCCAGAUCCCCCGGCACUUGAAUUUCAAAAUUAAAAGUGAGAGAACCGAGGGUCCUCGGGAUAAUAAUUCUAGAACUGAGAGCCCCGGGUACUGGAAUCGUAGGGUCCAUUAUGCCGGAAUUGAGAGAUCUAGAAUCGAGAGUCCAGAAAAGAGGAAUCAUAGAAUGGAGAGUCCAGAGAAGAAGAAUAAUAGAAUCGAGAGUCCAGAGAGGAAGAAUCAUAGAAUCGAGAGUCAAGAGAAGAAGAAUCAUAGAAUCGAGAGUCCACAGAAGAAGAAUCAUAGAAUCGAGAGUCCAGAGAAGAAAAAUUAUAGAAUCGAGAGUCCAGAGAGGAAGAAUCAUAGAAUCGAGAGUCCAGAGGAGAAAAAUCGUAGAAUCGAGAGUCCAGAGAAGAAAAAUCAUGGAAUCGAGAGUCCAGAGAAGAAAAAUUAUAGAAUGGAGAGUCCAGAGGAGAGGAAUCAUAGAAUAAGGAGUCCCGGAGAGAAAAAUCACGGAACCGAACGCCCCUGGAACAAGAAUUCCAAAAUCAAGAAUGAAGAAGCCGCGAGUUCCAGGAAUGAGAGUCCUGGAACCGGGAUCCCGAGGAACAAAAAUCCCGCGAACGAAAGUCCCGAGAUGGAAAAUCCUGGAGUCAAGAACGCCGCAACUGAGAGCUCCAGGAACAAAAAUGUCGGGACCAAAAAUCUCGGAAACACGAACAUUGGAAGCGAGAGUUCCAGGAGCAAGAAUCUUGAACUUACAAGUCCUGGAAACUCAAAUCCUGGAGAAGAGAGUCCCAGCAAAGAGGAUUCUGGAACCGGAAGUCCCGGCAACGUCUCCAGGUGCGACUCAGGAUGUGCCCCCGUAUCCGCCGAUGAAGUGUACGCGUUGAUGAGGGAAUUCGACGAGCUCAUCAAAUCUUUCAAUUAUUUCUCGGCCAUGCUCAAUCAUAUAAUCACCUGCAAGAAACGAGACUGCGUCAGGAGCUUGACCCGGAAGCCAAACUUUAGUUUCGUCCUCCCGCCCAAGCUGCAUCAGGGUGAAGUGGCCCGAAUUCUGGGGGCUUUUGAAAAGAUGAUCGCGUCUUACGAGAGGUUCAGGAGGGCUCUCCACUCUGAUGAGCCUCCUGCGGCUCGAGACACCGAUGCCUGCACGGAGGAGCCCUGCCCCAUUAAGGUUGAGGUAAAGGAUGGCUCCUAUAGGGAAGGUACCCCGCAAGAAGAAGCUGCGCUCUCUGAAGAAAGAGGUGAUACCGAAGAGGGUGGUUAUGUCAGAGAAAAGGAUGCGAAUGAUAUCUAUAAACAAGAAUCACCGUCUGAAAAUAGAGCCCACGCCGAAGAGAAUGUCCACCUCGAUGCGAAUGCCCCUAUCGGAAGGCGUGAUAUUUUCAAAGAGGAACCUAUUUCUGAAGAAGAUAGCAUUCUUCAGGAGGACAGUUUUGCUGAAGGAGACAGUCUUGGUGAAGAGGACAGCCUGUUUGAAGAUGAGAGCCUUCUUGAAGAGGACAGUUUUUCUGAAGAGGACAGGUUUCUUGAAGAGUUCAGUUUUCGUGAAGGGAGAAAAUCUGCCGGGGAGGACGAUGAAACAUUAUUCUUGAAGAAAAGAACCAUGACAGAAUGCACCAUAUGCACCAAGAAGGUCCGGGAUUUCUAUGUCCCACAGUAUGACAAUGAAAUAAACGUAAAGGGCGGCCAGAUUGGAACGAAAGGAAGCGAGUUCGAAGGCCAAGAACCUACAUGGCUACAUUCGUCGAAUUUAUUUGAGAACAAUGGCCGUGGAGAAACGUCGGACCCGCAGACAAACUGUGUUUUCCCCGUCAAUCAUCGUCUUGACAAUAUCUUAAUCCAAAUUUCCCUACUCUCAGCCCGCCACAAGGCUAGAAAUGUAGGCGCAAACCAGCGGAACUAAGCAAAACAGAAUUGUUGCAUUCAUUUUGAAUUUUAAUUUGAAAAUAUGAAAAAACAAAAGACGCAAGAGUACUAUCAAAAUUGAAUAAUCAUCAGUCUUUUCUGGAAUUUGUUUUCCUUUUUAUGUACGUUAAAUUUACAUUUUAAAAAUGUGUUAAGAAAUUGACCCACAAAUUUUGUAGUUAACGUCUCAUAAUCGAUUACAUUGGUGGUUCAGGUGAGAAAAAAACCCAUAAAACGAUUGCUGCGUCGCCUCUUA